UCAGACACUCCGCAGGACGCUGGAUCUGGGAGACUCUCUGCAGGAUUACCUCUACUGAACCUCAACACCUGAGCUGGUACACCUGAGGAGAAGCAGCUCCGCUACCAGUAGACUAACACAGAGCCUGUGGCAACCUCACCCCCCCCCCCCCCCCCCCCCCUCCAGCCCACACUCACUCCUGGGCCCAGAAAUGCCAUGGCAACCCCCAACACAGACAACAACGUGCGGCAUCGUAACGCCAGCAAGGGCCCCUCGGGUAUCCCCUCCCCUGCAGACAGCAGGCCCAAGAGACGUGGGGUGGCAGAUGCUGAGCUUGAGGCAGAUGGUUUGAUACAGUGGAAGAGACACAUAGAGCAAGUGAAGGCGGAACUGCUGGAGCAGAUUCAGGGCCCGCUCAAUGACCUUUUGGACAAGGCCAUCACGGAGUCGGUGCACUCCUACUCCAAACGCAGCACUGCAGACAUGGGCGUCAACAAACCCACAAGAGUCCACAGGAUGGAAGAUGGGAAAGUAUUUAUGAGCAGACGGUCUAUUCUGGACGAGCUGUUUGAGAUCAACCACAUCAGGACCAUCUACCACAUGUUCAUCGCCGCUCUCUUCCUCUUCAUCAUCAGCACGUUGGCUGUGGACUACAUUGAUCAGGGCAGACUCGUGCUGGAGUUUGACCUCCUGUUCUACGCCUUUGGGAAGCUCUCCACAGUGCUGUGGGCCUGGCUGAUCAUGUUCAGCUACACGCUGGCCGGGCCGUACCACGUGCUGGGCCUGUGGGGAGGGUGCUACCACUCCAGCCGCUUCAGAGGGGCGCUGACGGCGGGGGCGGGGCUUGCACUGACAGCCAUGCAGAUGUGCAUUCUGGGUCUGUUCCCCAUUUACGUGGUGAUACAGUACCAACUGCCCCCCGCCUCCAGGUUCAUCAUCAUCCUGGAGCAGAUCCGGUUCCUGAUGAAAACCUACUCCUACGUUCGGGAAAAUAUUCCGGCAAUCAUAAACCACAAGCCAAAGCAGGGAGAAACUCCCAGGUUGCCCACAUUUUCCAGCUAUCUGUACUUCCUCUUCUGCCCUACCCUGAUCUACAGAGAGUCCUAUCCCAGGAAUCCAUACAUCAGAUGGAAUUAUGUUGCUGUUACCUUUGCUCAGAUUCUGGGCUGUCUGUUCUACGGCUAUUUCAUCCUGGUGCGCCUCUGCAUCCCUGUAUUUAUGAAUGAGAGCAACCAGCCCUUCAGCACUCGAACCCUGGUUCUCGCCCUGUUCCAUGCCACCCUCCCAGGCAUGCUGAUCCUGCUGCUGGCGUUCUUCGCCUUCCUGCACUGCUGGCUCAACGCCUUCGCUGAGAUGCUGCGCUUCGCUGACAGGAUGUUCUACAAGGACUGGUGGAACUCCACCUCCUUUGCCAACUACUACCGGACCUGGAAUGUGGUGGUCCAUGACUGGCUCUAUUACUAUGGAUAUCGAGACUUCCUCUGGCUGUCCAAUCGCAGGUUCCGCUCUGCCGCCAUGCUGUCUGUGUUCAUCGUGUCUGCGGUCGUGCACGAGUACGUCUUCACGCUGUGCUUCGGGUUCUUCUACCCCGUGAUGUUCUGCCUCUUCGCUGUCAUAGGGGUGGUGUUCAACUUCACUCUGAAUGACAAGCGCAAGAGCCCCAUGUGGAACAUCAUCAUGUGGACCUGUCUAUUCAUUGGCCAAGGAGUCCAGGUGUGCUUGUACUGCCAGGAGUGGUACGCCCAGAUACACUGCCCACGUACAGGGAGGAGCUUCUGGGAGCUGGUCACUCCACGAUCCUGGUCCUGCAGCUACCAGCGAUGACCUCUGAGCACCACGCCCACAGGGGAACCGGAUAGGAUUAAAUAUUGGAAAGGGGUGCAGUGACGAGCCCUGAUUUUUGGUCUUAUGAAGAUGCAUAUUCACACACUGAAUCACUCUGGAUUAAUUUCAGUUCCAAGACUCAAUCACAAAAUAU